AUCAACCGGGGGUCUUUCAUGGACUAAUCAAAUUUGGAGGUUGCAGAUUCUGUCAAGCUCGUCAUAGAAAAAUUCUUCUUUUCAUCAUUUGGACGUUGCAAGAGAUAAAACAGAAUUAAUGGACAUAUAUGAGCCAUUCCAGCAACUUAUGUGGGAGGACAGCUUUAAAGUCGAUACUGGCCUGAAUUCAAUUGCUUCCCCAAUGUUACUGGUUAACACUAGCAUGGAGAACAAGUCUGAAUAUAUUCCUCAUGAAUCAAGGGAGACUUCUGGAGACGAUCAAGAGACUACAAAUAAAGAUGUUAGUAAGGUGCGAAGACGCCUAGCUCAGAAUCGAGAGGCUGCUAAGAGAAGUAGGCUGAGGAAAAAGGCUUAUGUUCAACAAUUAGAAACAAGCCGUUUGAAGCUCAUGCAAUUGGAGCUGGAGAUUGGGAAAGCAAGAAAGCAGGCUCUGUACAUAGGCAGUGCAUUAGAUGGCAGUUAUAUGGGACCAUCUGGAACAAUAAACCCAGGGAUUGUUGCGUUUGAAAUUGAAUAUGGACAUUGGGUUCAAGAGCAACAUAAGUGGAAUGAAGAACUUAGAAAUGCAUUUCAAACUAAUGCAACUGAUGUACAGCUCCAUCUACUUGUUCAAAGUGUCUUGAACCAUUACUCAAAUCUUUUCAGAAUGAAAGCAGAUGCUGCAAAAGCAGAUGUCCUCUAUUUAAUCUCUGGUGUGUGGAAAGCAUCAGUUGAGCGCAUUUUCCUUUGGAUUGGAGGAUCCCGCCCCUCACAGCUUCUUAACAUCAUAGUUCCUCAACUUGAGCCUUUGACUGAUCAACAAAUUGUUAGUAUAAACAACCUGCGCCUAUCAUCUCAGCAAGCUGAAGAUGCUCUUUCACAAGGAUUGGAUAAACUCCAGCAGAGUCUGAUCAAUGACAUGGCAGUUGAUCCAUUGGGUGCAGGAGUCUUUGGAUUUCAGAUGGCUGUUGCCAUGGAGAAAUUUGAGGCACUAGAAGGUUUUGUAAACCAGGCAGAUCACCUUAGGCAACAAACUCUGCUGCACAUGUCACGCAUCCUGUCAACAAACCAAGCUGCUCAGAGCUUGCUGGUUCUGGGGGAAUACUUUCACCGUCUUCAUACUCUUAGUUCUCUUUGGGCUGCUCGUCCUUGUGAUCCUGCUUUGCCUCCCAAACUUUAGUUUCCUCAAGAAUUCAAAUCACCUAAGAUUGCUCCUUAGAGGAGGACUCCUUAAAUGGAUGAUCUGCUAUGUGGUUUACAGAACAAUAGCUCAAGUUUUGGAUGAAAAAAUAUGUGUAUGGAUGAAAGUUAAUGCUAUGUAGCACAUGAAGCAAAAUUAUGUGAUUUGUUGCUCUUCAGAGUAUGCUUGUAUAUAAAACAG